AUGCCAUUAUCUAUAUUUAAUGAAUCCGAAUUUCGUCACAUCUGUGCAAAUAAUUGUUUACGUGCAUCAUUUGUAAAUCGUUUUGCUCAACAAUUGAGUCAAAUGGAUGCAUUUAUAUGUUAUCCACUAUCGGGCAAAUAUUCUAAUCUUGAUCAAUGGUUAGCACAACAAUGCUCAACGAAAAAUUUUGAACGUACAUUGUUUAUUGUUAAUCAACUAAAACCACAUGUUCCUUUUUUACUUGCAUUUAUGAAAACACAAUCAUUUGUUUCAUUUGUUGAUAUUUUUUUUUCUGAUCGUAUUCGUUUAUAUCGAAAUAGUGAUGAUUUAACUUAUCAAGCAUGUUUAUCUAUUGAUUUAAUCGAUAAAGAAACUCGUCGCCGUUUUACUCCGUCUUAUCCUUCUUCAUUAAUUGUGAUGAAUGCACCUUUAGUUCGUUCACUUGAUAAUUCUAUUUCAACAUCUAAUAAUUGUUAUCUCUUUGAGAAUCUUAACGGAACUUUACUUGAAUCAUCAUCAUCAUCGAUAAUUAAUAUAUCUUCACCUUUAUCUACACGACAUAUUACAAGAUUUAAAAAACAACAAACAGUUACUACUGGUGAACAUCAACAACAUGUUGUUCUUGUUGAAAAUGAAGUUGUUUUCCAACAAUUACUUAAAGAGUGUACGACUAAGACAAAACGAAUGGUGAUUGAAGAAAUGGAAGAUAUUGUUGAAGGUUCAUCACCAAUAAAAAAUGCUGAUUCAUCAUCAAUGGUUAAUUUAGAAAAAAAUGUUUUAAUAGCUGGUUUUUGUGAUUUACUUGAACGUAUUUGGUCUCAUGGUCUUCAUCAUAAACCAAAUGGAAAAUCUGCUUCAUGGAAUCAUAUUAAAUUUUAUGUUAAACUUAAAAAUUAUGAAUUAGCGGAAACAUCUCAUGCUAGUCUUCCAGUAACACUUAGUAAAGAUGAAAAUCCAGCUUUAAUCUGGUAUUUAAUGAGAAAGCAACUAGUAAAUCGUAGUGCAUCGACUAGUCGAUUAGUAUCUUCCAGUGGUCAUCGUAACAGUUUAUUUAUUAAGGAUAUCUUCGCAAGACUUCAUAUUCUGACCAAAAAUGAUAUCAGAGCGUUUCCCUUCUUUCCUUGA